AUGUCUUAUAGAAACCCCAAUGUGGAGAAUCCUCAAGACCAAGUGUAUCCUCCAAGGUAUCCACAACAACAAAGACCUCCUUACCAAUCUCAAGGAAGUCAAUUUCAGCCAAGGCAAGGAUAUGAGCAGAGAUCAUCAUAUCCGCCCAAGGAGCCAUAUGCUUCUUCACCAAAUCAAGCUCCUCCAAACCAACAAGGUGGGAGAUUUGAAGGAAUCCUCCAACAGAUCAUGGAUGGCCAGAAGAGAAACACUAAAGAGAUGUAUGAGAAGAUGGACACUUUGUUCAGCAAUCUCAACACCAAGUAUGAUGCUGUUGCCACUCAUGUGAAGAAACUAGAGACUCAAGUCACUCAAACUAUGGAAGCUGUUAAGAGACAGGAAGCUGAAUCCAAGAAGUCCUUUUGCAACUCAGCCGCCAUAGAAGAAAGAUUUGAAGACCAAGUUCCAGAAUGGAUGCUUUCAAAACCUACUGUUGAUUGCAUGAUUUGGCCUGAAGAGAAUUACCCAGAGAGAGAGUCCAAUCGAGCUAGAAAGAGAAGACUCUUCCCAAAGAUUAUCCCCAAGACAGAUAACUCAGGAAAGUUUGUUGUGCCUUGUAUCAUCAAAGGUAACAUUCUUGAGCAAUCUUUGUGUGACACAGGAGCCAAUGUGAACAUCAUGUCUAAGAGGAUAGCUGACAAGAUAGGCCUCACCAAGAUAGAGCCAUCAUCCAUCUCCAUCAACUAUGCUGAUUCAUUCUCACAAACCCCCUAUGGCUUUGUGCCUAAUGUGAUGGUGCAGAUUGGAAAUUGCUCUAUCCCUACUGAUUUCCAGAUUGUGGAAAUGAGAGAGAGUAGCCAUAGACCUCUCAUAUUUGGAACCCCUUUCCUGUCUACUGUGGGUGCCAUAUUUGAUUUCCCCAAUCAAAGAAUCUCUUUCAACAAGGUGAACAAGGGUAUGUUCUUCCCUAUGUGUUCAACAAAGAACUCUUUUGUUGACAUGGUCCAAGAGGAGAAAGUUACUUUGAAGCCACCCCAAGAAGGAGAAACUGAAGAAACAAUCAAGGAAGAUCCCAUUCCUAAGCCCAAGCAGCUUGCCAAACAAGCAAGGAGUAAGACUAAGGCCCCUACACCAAAACCGCCCAAGGGAUCAACCAAGAUUGAAGAUGAGGCCAAGCCAAGAAGAAGGUUAGAAAACCUAGGUCUGGCCGCAACAUGA